CGCGUUGCAAGGAUGAGUCUUGUACAUAUUGCGGUUUGCUUGGGGAUCUACCUAGGUACUAAAGUCGGCAGGCCUUGCAUGUGCUGCCUCAGGCUCCGAACUCCACCCACUGUGGGUUAGGUAGGUAGGUGAAGCCGUAUGUACUUGGCCUUCGCUCACUCACCUUACUCACCUUGGCCGGUUCACCUUGGCUCACCUUGCUCGGGACAAGGCCCAAGUGCCCCUCCAUGAAAUUUACCCCGCCAUAGGUUAAGCAAGAUCAAUCUAGCACGAGCAAAGAAACGCGUAUUGAUUCCAUACAACUGUAACUUUUUUUGCAACAAGCUCUUUGCACACACUACUAUUAAAGCAUACAGAUUGAGAUCUCUAUGGCUGACGUUGAGCAACCUGAGGGCGAGCCCCAGGGUCGUAUUGUCAAGUAUUGUGGCGUUUGCACUCUACCCCCGGAGUACUGCGAGUAUGGCGGAACCGUUAAGAAGUGCCAGGAGUGGCUAGAGAAGAACGAACCAGAGCUUUACAACAGGAUCUGGUCCGCAGAGGCCCUUGAGGCUGCUACCGCAUCACUAUCCGUCGAGGCCCAGAAACGAGCCGCAAAGGACGCACAGAAGAAGACCGCUAAGGCUGAAGCCGCCGAGGCAAAACAUGCCGACCUGUUAGCCAGGAGUGUCGUCACUAUCAAGCGCAUUGAGCGAAACAAGAAGAAGUUUGUCACGGCUGUGAUAGGACUAGAGUCGUUUGACUUGGAACUCAAGAAGGUCGCCAAAGAUCUUGGCAAGAAGUUUGCUACAGGCUCUUCAGUGACCAAGCUUCCAGGUGGCGGUGAAGAGAUUGUUGUGCAAGGUGAUGUCAGCGUUGAAUUGGAAGAGUUCCUGCUUGAGAAGUACAAGCAGAUCCCCGAGGAUCAUAUUGAACUCGUCGAAGACAAGAAGAAGAAGAAGGGUGGUUCAUAAGUUUGGGAGAUACCAAAAGGCAUUCGUGAUUGAAAUUCCAGAGUGUAUUUUUUUUUGGAAACACUCGCGCUCCUGUGUUUCUUAUGGGCAUAUACAGUUUCAAAAGAAUAUCAUAAAGCAACAUGGAGCUAUCCAGUGCACCCAUGCGCUUCAACCCUGAACUCCUAUACCAUGAUUCUGCAAUACGUAUCGAAACAAACAAUAUACCAAUUACGUUCCAGU